UAAUAUUCUGCUCCCUGUUGUCCCUUCUUCCAACCGUCGACUCUGUCUGAGAGCUUGUUAUAACGCCAUUGCUGUUACUCCAAGCAGAGACUGUGCUGCUGCUCUAAAUCACUGCCAGACCCUCCAGACAAACCAACCCGUCACAUCUUGGAGCUGUUCAUACCUACCUUGCCGGCUUUAAUUACCGACUUCAACACCGCCGGCAGUAGAACGACUAAAAGAAAACCGAAGGAAACUUCAACGUUCACACCACGACGGUUGGUCAACUGUCGACCAACCACCACCGACGGUGACGUACUGUAAUGGAGGAUUUUUUGUGCUCGAAAAGAGGAGGAGUCUAUUUGUAAGCGAAAGGGGAGAGCAGUCAGUUGAGUCCGCGAAGGCACAACUACUCAGUUGUUGUGGCACAGCUCCCUACUUUCCCCGGUGAGUGCUGAGACCAGUGGACCGAUAACCAUAUCCUGGCAGCAAGAGGGUUGCAACUUCAUACAACAGGGUCCGAAGGGUUUUUGACAACGAACGCAGCAGGUGGAGAAAAAGGUCUGCUACAGACCGAGACUGAAAAUCGCGGGAAUAUCGGUGACGCGAAGAGUCGGUUGUCGAAGAAUUCGGUGGUCUAAAUCUAUGACCAAGAACCUUUCGGGUUGAAGGCAGCAAUGGAAGUUGUUGUGACAGAGGAGAAGAAGAAGAUUUUCCGUGCUAGGAAAACCAUGAAGAUCAGUGACCGACAGCAACUGGAGAGUCUUCAUGGCACUUUGUUGACAGCAGCUCCGGGUAUAUCCGACACAUCUCCGCCACCUCUAAUGAAUGGCACGCACAAGGAGGAUGGACAAAAAGCGGGGGACAAAGAGCAAAACAGCACCUCGGACUCUAACUCCCCUCGAGCUACAUCCCCUGCCUCUCCGGCUCCUUUCUUGUCUCUAAAUCUGUCCCCUUCACCGGGCUCUUCACAAAGUCCAAACGCUAUGGAAGAAACUCCUAGUUCUCCCACAUCACCAUUCCACUCUCUGAACUUUGAACUGAAAAAGAUGGAGGAGGAAGAUGAGGAGGAGAAGAAAAGUUUGCCAUCGUCCUCAUCAAAAGAGUCCGUUCCACCAGCAUCAACCGAAUCCAAGGAAAACCAGGAAAAAGACACUGUUGUGACCCCAGAAAUAGAAAAGAAAAAGGAGGACAAGACCAAAACAAAGGACCCAGCUGCAGAUUUGUUGAAGGAUUCUGUUAAAGGUUUGGCUCCAUGUUCACCUGUACCACCUCCAGUAUCUAACUUCACAGAACCAAUGGAUACAGAUAGUGACGCUACAAAGGCCAAGGACCCUGAGGCCUCCACCGCCAAAAUAAAAGAUGAAAAGCCUUCUUGCCCCAAAUCUACUACUUCUGAUUCCUCUCUUCCUUGUCCUUCCUCGUCUCUUCCAGCUUCCUCUUCCAACAAUCUAAAACAAGAAAAGGAAAUCAAAAAGGACAUAAAAGAACAGGAGGGUGGGAAAAAAAAUGAGAAGAAAGAAUCAGUGAAUGAGGAAAAGAUGGAGGUAGACGCAGUGAAAGUAGAGACCAAAAAGGAAAAAACUGAAGUUGGACAGACCAAAAAACCUUCUCGGCCAUCUUCCACUCCACCAUCAAAUACAGUAGUGCAAGAGGAGAAGGGCUCCACCUCGGGGCUGAAGCGCACUUUAUCAGAGGGAUCCGAAAAUGAUGUACACGCCGUGAAACGAGAGGGGAAGAGGCCCAAGGUGGCACGUGAGGAGUUAGAGGCACAACUGGAAUUUAAAUUUACUGCGAAAGCUGGCAGUCACCAUAAACUUGAAAAGAUCGUGCAACAGCUCGUAGAUGAACGAUUGAGGGUCUUGGAGCAGAGCAUUUUUGACAAACAUUUCAAAGAGCUGAAGGACAGAGUAGACAAGAUCGACUGUGCCUCUAAACACCAAACCGCCAUUACCACACUCCAAGCCAAGAUAAACCGACUAACAAAAAAGUUUGGUGAGGCCAAUCAGGCGUCAGAGAACAAAAGGAAACAGGAAGCGCUCGCUGCUGUUAGUGCCGCUGCGGCUGCCGCUACUGCUGCUGCGGCUACUGCUGCUGCCGCCGCCGCUGCCAAGAAUGCGACUGUUGCAAACAACCCUCAAUUUCAUCGGCCAGUCCGAACUUCCAUGGAGUUGAAGCAGAUUCCAACAACUCUUUCUUCGUCCAACACAGCUCUAAAUCCAUCCCUGCUAGCUUCAACCACAGGUCUGGCCCAUACAACCACCUCCACUACCAUGGUUUCACAGGCCCCCAUCCUCCAGCUGAUCACCACCACCUCUAAUGCUGGCUCCACCUUGGCCACUGGCAUCACCACCCAGAGUCCCACAGGCACCCUGCUGUUGAAGACGACGUCCGGGGGCAGCAUGAUGGCUGCGGGCCAGCCGCUCCUCAUCCAGCUGCCUUUAUCAAUGGCUAACGGCCAGGCAGGAACGCUGGUCAACUUUCCUGUCUCCUCUUUGUCCGCAGCCACAUCGCUCACCAAGGCCAAAACUACUACAUCCACCACCACUUUUAUACUCAAGCCUGCUCCCGCUAUUACAACUUCAUCGGCCUCUGCACCUGCUGUCGUCACUGUUCCCAGCCUGAUGUCCUCUACCGGCCUGAUGUCCUCUGCCCAGAUCUCUCUUGCUCGUGCUGUGUACCAGGGUGGUGCUGGGGGAAUAACUACACCCAACGCAGGGGUAUCUGUGGCCACAGCUAGGACGCCGGCUCAGUCUGUGUCGGUAGCGGGAGCUAUGUCUUCAGCCUCUUCCCCUGCAACCUCUGGGCCGGCUGCAACAGGAUCCACCGCUCCAGGACCACCACAAGGGACGUCUCUCACAUCAAAGACAGACAACCAGGCUACAGGAUCCACUCCAACCAAAGCAGCUGCUCUAGGGGCGCGGCCCAAAGGCUCCGUCAUCGACCUCACUGAGGACGAUGACGAUGUACAAGUGACGGGAGUGAAGAAUGCCACUGCUGCAGCUCCCUCACCUACCCAGCGUCCUAACCCAGUCAUCAGUACCCCCAUCAGUGCAGGAGUAAGGUCCUCCCCACAAAGCAAUCUGAACUCCUCCAGCAACCCUCAGUUGACAGUCCACCACCGCCCCCUACUGGACACUCCAAUGAAACCCCGCGCUGUAACAACUACUACGCCCACCCGGGCCUCCAGCACGGUGCUCCCCGCCCUCCCCACUGCAGCCCCACCUUCCCGCUUACCUCCCGACGCCGAGCGUUCCUCACCUCCUCAGCAACCUCAGCUGAAGCUGGUGCCCAGUCAGACCGGUAUAGUGCUGUCCUGGUGUGUGUCGGAAACUGAUCGAACCUGUGCGGCUGUCGACAGCUAUCACCUUUAUGCCUUCCAUCAAGACAACUCUAGCAGCAGUGCAGCGCAGCAGCACUGGAAGAGGAUUGGGGAGGUGAAAGCCCUUCCACUGCCUAUGGCCUGUACGCUGACCCAGUUCCAGUCUGGCUCCACUUAUCAUUUUGCUGUUCGAGCCAAAGACAUCUACGGGCGCUUUGGCUCCUUCUGUGAACCUCAGUGCACAAAUGUCAUCAAUUCCAACUCCAGCUGAACAGUUAAGGACUGGAAACAUUUUUGCGCGUUUGAAAGUCCAUGAUUCCUUUACUUCUCUUUGUGUUAGGAACUCACAGUGUGCAUCAAACACAUACAGUAUCUGUAAAUAUUUCUCUCCAUAACAACUGGACUUCUGACUGAGUUGGAGAUUUGAAGAUUCAGACGGUUGGUUUUGUCUGGUUAAUGUACGUAUUGUAUUUUUAGUGACUCAAGCUGUUGUGUAUAUAAUUGAAUUGCUUUGCCCCUCUACCAAGUCAGAUAUUUAUGUUGUUGUCUCCUGUUACUCUGAUCCGGAUGUCUUUUGCUUGACUUGAGAAUAGGUCACAGGAAUAUACUUGUAAAUUGCACAGAAAUGUAUAAAUGUGUGGUAGAAACUGAAUGAUAAUUUUUGUAAGUUUUGUCUGGCAACCAGACUUUGAAAAACAAUAAAAGGUUUUAUUAAA